CUCUUUUCACUGGUUUCAUUUUCAUUACACAAAAUUUCACUGCAGAUUAUGAUUGACUGAUCAGAAUGAGUGCAUAUGUACUACAACAUGACAUUGAGGACCAACAGACUGGGGAGGCACCGUCACUUCCAGAGACAACCGCAGAAAAUAAUGUACGGAACCGUGGGCCAUGGAAAAAAUCAGGUCACAGCGUAGAGCCUCCCCGUGAUGAUGCUGUGUAUUAUCCUAAAGAUGAUACGUAUGGAGUCUUUGCUCAGGGCAGAGACUAUGAGCCAGUUUAUAUCACCCACAAAUACACAGAGGAGGAAAAGAAAACACUGAGUUCAUUUGAGAGUGAGGAUUAUCUCCCUUCUCACAGUGAGAUCUAUAAAUCAUGGUUAAGGAGACAAGGACCACUGGGGUACAUGUUAGGGAAAUGGAUAAUCAUGGGACUGAUUGGAUUUUGUGUUGGUAUCAUAGGUUUCCUGCUCCAUAAUCUGAGUGAAGAAAUCGCUAAACUGAAGUGGCACAUGGUAGAACAAUAUCUCAAGAAUCAAGAUUUUGCUGUGGCCAGUUUGUUUGCUACAGGUUACAGUGUAAUAUUUGUCCUGUUUAGUGCCUUUAUUGUUGUUUUUCUAAGACCAAGUGCCAGUGGAUCAGGUAUUCCAGAAGUAUCAGGCUUUCUCAAUGGCACACAUCUUCGACAUAUUUUCAACAUCAAGACAUUAGCAGUCAAGUUUUUCUCUUGUGUGGCAGCUGUGGGUUGUGGUCUUCCUGUUGGACCAGAGGGACCAAUGAUUCAUAUGGGUGCCUUAGUUGGUGCUGGACUGAGUCAGUUCAAGUCAGAAACACUGAGGUUGACUAUACCUGUGUUUGAGAGGUUUAGGACAUCAGAAGACAAGAGAAAUUUUAUAUCUGCAGGUGCUGCAGCAGGAGUGUCGUCUGCCUUUGGGGCACCAGUGGGGGGAUUGUUGUUUUCCAUGGAAGAAGUGUCUUCAUUUUGGACAACAACUUUGUCAUGGCAGAUAUUUUUCUGUUGUAUGAUAGCCACUUUUACGACAGAUUUAUUUAAUUCAGCAUUUGAUGGGUUUUCUUACACAGGAAACUUUGGCCAGUUUAAAACUCAGAGAUAUAUUUUAUUUCAGAUAGAGAAAGGUAUUGAUGUAAAUAUUUUAAUGUUUAUUCCCACCAUGAUAAUUGGUGUGAUUGGAGGGAUCCUAGGUGCUGUGUUUACAAUCAUGACCUUGAAGAUGGCUAGAGGUCGAAAACGUGUGCUUAAUGCAAUUAGUAAUGAAUGGGUCCAGAAAAUGGUCAGAAUAUUUGAACCUGCAUUGAUUAUGAUAAUAGUGACAGUGUUUUCUCUGUAUUUGCCUGGUGCUUUCUCUUGUACUAAGAAAUCCUGUAUUGAAACUAAAUUAGGCUCACCUAUUGAAAAUUGUCUGAAUGAUACCAGAAAUCCACUUCAUGUAGAACAUAAUGUCAGAAAAUAUACUUGUCCUGAUUGUAAGGACUGGCAAGAAAGUGAAACAACAUGGAAAACCAACUGUACUUAUAAUGAAAUGGCAACCUUAAUGUUUGGAACUUUAGAGCAAGCAGUAGAACAUCUGUUUUCAAGAGAUACACAUUUAGAGUUUGGUUAUGGUUCCCUGUUGACGGCUCUUGUUUUCUACUUCAUAAUGAUCUGUUGGGCAACAGGAACCAGUGUAUCGUGUGGAGCUCUGGUUCCUAUGCUUUUGGUAGGUGCCUUAUAUGGAAGAUUAAUUGGUGUACUGAUGACAAGUAUGUUUGGUGUACAUAGUGAGGACACAGGAUAUUGGGCGUGGAUAGAUCCAGGCUCGUUUGCUUUGAUUGGUGCAGCAUCUUUCUUUGGAGGUGUAACCAGACUGACGUUAGCAGUAACAGUAAUAAUGAUGGAGCUGACAAAUGAUGUCCAGAUUCUACUUCCUGUUAUGGUAGCAGUGAUGGUGGCUAAGUGGGUUGGAGAUUUCUUCACUCAUCCAGUAUACCAUGCUUUGAUGGAGAUGAAGUGUAUACCGUUCCUUGAUCCAGAACCCAGAGUCACCAUAGAAAAGAAACGAAUCGAGUUAGAGUUAUAUUGUGCUAGAGAUAUCAUGGCGUCACCUGUUAUAACCAUUCAACGAAGAGAACUUGUUACUGUCUUGUCUAAUUUACUGCUGAACACAACUCACAGUGGAUUUCCAAUCGUCAAGACAACCAAAUAUGGAGACCAUUGCUUCCUGGGUAUAAUAGGCAGAUUGGAGUUAACAGUCCUGUUGAUGAAUGAAAGAAUAUUUCAAACAGGCAGCCUAGCAGCCGACAACAUAGAACCACAAGCCUCAUGGAUAGAUUACGAACAGAUGAAUAUUACCAAGUUAGAUAAUCCACUGGUAGUAAGUGAAGCUUUACACAGAUACUCAGAGGAAGAGUCAUAUAAAGAGAAGUAUAUUGAUUUAUCCAAGUACAUGAAUGACUCUGGCUUAGCUGUUCCAGAAAAGUUUUCUGUACAAAGAACAUACAUCAUUUUCCGAACUUUAGGCCUGCGACAUCUUACCGUAAUUGAUACAUCAAAUCAAGUUACAGGUAUUAUAACCAGGAAGGACCUAAUGGGACAUAACAUUGUCGAGAAGUUAUCAAAAAUUAUAUCUCAGCCGAGUCGGUUGGAAAUGAUGGAAAUUAAUGACAAUGGAGAGGUUUAAUUAGCCGAGGCGGCUGGAAGGAAGUUAACUACAAUGAAAUAGUUGGAAAAUUCAUUGUACAAAUAAUGCUCAGUACCUUGCCAAAUACUCGGUGAUGUGUUUUCAACGUGUUUUUAACCUCUUUUUUUCUUGUGUUUGAACAAAUUGACCACUUCCUGCAUAUCUUGCCUCAAGUUAAUUUUCUCUAUAUAUUGAGUAUUAUAUUGACCCGACACUUUAUUGUUUAUCUCAUCAGAACAGUGCCACUAGUGUAGAUAUAUAAAUUAAUGCAUACAUUUAUUUUUGUGAAGCCUUGAUCACUGGCAAAAAUACAAAAUGUCUUUUUUUAAGAAAGCCACAUCUGAAAAGAUAAUUAGUGUUUCGAUCCUGAUACUAUCACAUUUUUGCAUUAAUAAAACAUUAUUAUCUGAAUUCACAGUAUUUUAACUGUUUAACUUUGAAAUUUUCAAAUUGAUUGACAAAAACAGAAGAAAAAAAACAAAUGAUGUUUCUUAAAUAAUUAAAUAAUAAU